AUGGGAGACAAUAAAAAUACUGAGACUUCCUCUGCCAAAGACAUUUCGAUCUUCCAUCCCAAGACCAUUCUUCUAGCGAGUGUUUUAACUGGCGGGUUUCUUGCAAGUUACGGCUGGUACAAAAGACAUCUUGUAAGGGUACCCACCGCCCUAGAUAUCCCCACCAACCAUUUCCGUCAGAAAUUCUCGGUGGGAUACGUCACUAGUGUAGGAGAUGGUGAUAAUUUCCAUUUCUUCCAUACUCCUGGGGGAGUGUUUGCCGGAUGGGGCUGGCUCCGUCAUCCGCCAACCGCGAGAAAACAAUUGACCAAACAGACGUGGUCGGUAAGAUUAUGUGGGGUCGAUGCCCCAGAAAGGGCCCAUUUUGGCAAACCCAGCCAGCCGUUUGCCGACGACAGUCUUGCGUGGUUGAGACAGUACGUGUUGCAUCAGAAAGUCAAGGUGAAGCCAUUACGGAUCGACCAGUAUAAUCGAGUGGUAUCCAAAGUGUUGAUCAAGAAGUGGGGGGUGAUCACCAAGGACGUUGGCGAGGAGAUGUUGAAAAAUGGGAUUGCCGUGGUCUAUGAGAACCAAGCAGGCAGUGAGUUCGAUGGACAAGAAGCAAUCUACAGACGGUGUGAGAAGAAGGCCAAACAGCAAAAGUUGGGGCUUUGGGGAGUCCAACACACAUUGACCCCCGGACAGUACAAGAGAAAAUAUAGAUGA